UUCUUCAAGUUUGAUUCAUCAACCUCGACCAAAAAUAUAAAGUUGCAAAUGGAUUCUUGAAACUUAAGAUUCAUUUGUGGCCUAGGAGGUAGCCAUAACUGAAACGCAGACAAGCCCUAAACACGUGUUACCAUAUCUCUUUUUCUUUUUAUGAAGUCCAGUCUAGUAUAAACAUAUCUAAACAUGUGAGUUUGUGAGACCGGAUUUUCCAAAGCAUCAAAUCAAAAACUCUUUUCUCUUCCUCCUUUUCUAUUAUCAUCUCUUUGUGUACCUAGCGAAAAAGCAUCACAAUGGAGGCUUCUCAAGAACUUCACCUUCCAAACUACAUGAAAGACGAUAACACUAGCCAAGAAACCAAUAAUUUGAUAUCUUCUCUUCCUGCAGACAAAGAUUUCAUGGGUUACAGUCUCUACAACUACAAAGGUUGUUGGUACUAUCCCAACACACUCCAAGCCGUUCUUGACGUCCAAGACAAUUUCCGGCCACAAAAGAACGACAUAAUCCUCGCUUCUUUACCCAAAGGUGGAACCACUUGGCUCAAAUCUUUAGUUUUUGCAAUUGUACAUAGAGAAAAGUACCGUGAAAAUCCCCAAAUAAUACAUCCUUUGCUCUCACAAAACCCUCAUGACCUUGUCCCAUUCCUUGAGAUUGAGCUAUACGCUAGUAGCCACACUCCAGAUCUCGCAAAGUUUCCUUCUCCUAUGAUCUUUUCAACACACAUGCACCUAAAUGCAUUGCAUGAAGCCACCACAAAGUCUUCUUCCUCACCAUGCAAAAUCGUCUACGUGUGUAGAGGUCUCAAAGAUACGUUUGUCUCCGGUUGGCAUUACAAAAACAUGUUGCAUCGCACCAAGAUGGAUCAAGCCAGCUUUGAGCUCAUGUUUGAUGGUUACUGUAGAGGAGUUACCUUAUACGGACCCUAUUGGGAACAUAUGUUGAGCUAUUGGAAAGGGAGCUUAGAAGACAGGGAGAAUGCUCUUUUUAUGAGGUAUGAAGAGAUCAUUGAGGAGCCACUUAUUCAGGUGAAGAGACUCGCUGAGUUCUUGAACUGUCCAUUCACCGAGGAAGAAGAAGAGAGUGGAUCAGCGGAGGAGAUCUUGAACUUGUGUAGUUUGCGUAACUUGAGCAACUUGGAGAUUAAUAAGAAAGGGACUACGAGAAUUGGUAUAGAUUCUAAUGUAUUCUUCAGGAAAGGUGAAGUUGGUGACUGGAAGAAUCAUCUGACUCCUCAAAUGGCGAAAAGGAUUGACGAGGUUGUUGAGGUUAAACUACGAGGUUCGGGUUUGAUAUUUCAGUAAGGUUGUGCUAUGUUGUUGUUUUCUCUUGAGCACAUUAAAUUUCAGCAAACAAAGUUAUGUACUUCUUCUAUUUUCCAUGCAUGGUUAAAUCUCAAGGUUAUUAUUAUUACAAACUA